UUUUCAGAGCUAGGGUUUUAACUGUAAGCUCUCUUUCCUCUCUAUCCAUGGCGUGCACCAUAGACUUCCGAUCCCUCGACGAAGGCUUCGGCGGCAAGACCGCCAAGCGCAAGCGCGAGUCCCAGGAGGCGGCCCUGGCCGCUGCCGCCAAAGGUACGUCCUCCGGAGAUGCGUCCAUGGAAGUGGACGAGCCGGCCCUGCCACCGGCGAAGCGGUCGGCGGUGCCGUCCCUUGAGAAUCCGGACAGGCCGACCUUCGGGAAGCCGACCUACGACGGGGUGAUUGCGGGGAAGGUGUCAGGCCGGAAGUGGAAGCAGCCGCGGAAGCACAGGGCAUCGGCGCUGCGGGCGAGCGUGAAGGGGACGAACUUCGAGGAGAGGCAGAGGGAGAAGGAGAUCAAGAGUGCGUACAGGGAGAGGAUGCAGGAGCUGAAGGAGACGAUAAGGCAGAACAAGGUGGAGAAGAGGAAGAAGAGGGAGGAGGCGGAGAAGAAGAAGCAGGAGAACAUACUCAGGUCCGGGACGAAGCUCCAGAAGAUCACGAACCCGAAGACUCUGAAGAAGAUCGCCAAGUCGAAGCAGAGGAAGCAGCUGAAGCUCGUCCCCGACGAGCUCGUCAAGAACCGGAAGUAGUCGGUUUCGUAGCUCAUCUAUGUGCGAUUUUAUCGUUUCAGUUUUUCGCUAGUAUCGACUGCACCAAAACUAGUUCAUAUUCCGAUCGUAUCGGUAUGAAUACAGAAAUUUUGGGAAUGAAUUGGUCUAAGUUUCAUUGAUGAA